AUGUCACAAGCAAAUGUAGAUUUUUCAUUGAAGGAGACUUCACCAAAUAUUGGUGGAGGAAGAGUCUCUGGUAGUGAAAAGCUUACAUCAUCGUUCGACCUUGUUGAACAACAGCAUUUUUUGUAUGUAAGAAUGGUAAGGGCUAGAGAUUUGCCAGGGACAUCGCGUGAUCCUUAUGUUGAAGUAAAGAUUGGUAAUUAUAAAGGCACAACAAAGUACUUCGAGAAGAAACUUGACCCUGAAUGGAACCAAGUUUUUGCAUUCGAAAAAGAUCGAAUUCAGGCUGUAACUGUGGAGGUAACUGUGAAGAACAAGGACACUACUGUCAAUGGUGAUGUUAUUGGGAAACUUGCUUUUGAUAUACCAGACAUUCCUAGCCGUGUUCCCCCUGAUAGUCCCCUUGCACCGCAGUGGUAUAGUUUAGAGGAUAAAGAUGGAAAGAAAGGUGAAACAGGAGAAUUGAUGUUAGCUAUGUGGAUGGGGACUCAAGCUGAUGAAGUUUUUCCCGAUGCUUGGCACUCGGAUGCAGCAACUGUUAGUGGUGAAAGCAUCUCUAACACUCGUUCGAAGGUGUAUAUUUCACCAAGGCUUUGGUAUCUUAGAGUCAAUGUAAUUCAAGCUCAGGACUUGGUGCCUAUAAAUAUGAAUAGGAACCCGGAAGUUUAUGUCAAGGCUAUGCUGGGGAAUAUGGUUCUCAGAAGUCGAUUUUCGCCUGAUAAGAACAUCAACCCUACCUGGAAUGAGGAUUUGAUGUUUGUUGUAGCAGAACCUUUUGACGAUCCUUUGAUCUUGACUGUGGUGGAUAAGUUGGGUAAUAAUAAGGAGGAUAUUCUUGGAAGGUGCAUGAUUCAUUUAUCAAAAGUGGAGAAGAGGUUACUGCCUAUACCUCAAGAGGCUAGCUGGUAUAAUCUUGAAAAAGUUGUGCAGGAUAAUCAAAAGAAUAGGGAGGUAAGAUUUGCAAGUAGACUCCACCUAAGGGUCUCUUUGGAUGGGGGAUAUCAUGUUCUUGAUGAGUCCAUUUACUACAGCAGUGAUUUCAGGGCGACGUCCAAAUUGUUGUGGCCUCCUACGAUUGGUGUCUUGGAGUUAGGAAUCUUGAAUGCAACUGGUUUGCUGCCAAUGAAGUCAAAAGAUGGACGAGGAACUACUGAUGCUUAUUGUGUAGCCAAAUAUGGACCUAAGUGGGUAAGGACAAGGACAAUUGUUGACAGUUUUGCACCAAAGUGGAAUGAACAAUAUACUUGGGAAGUUUAUGAUCCAUAUACGGUUAUCACAAUUGGAGUUUUUGAUAACUGUCACUUGCAAGAAGGAAGUAACACUGGAGGUUCAAAGGAUCCGAGAAUUGGGAAGGUAAGGAUUCGACUGUCUACCCUUAAUGCUGAUAGGAUCUACACACAUUCUUAUCCACUUAUAGUCUUACAACCUAAUGGAGUGAAGAAAAUGGGUGAAAUUCAAAUGGCAGUGAGAUUUACUUGCUCCUCUACAUGGAAUUUAUUUCAGUCUUAUACACAACCUUUGUUCCCCCAAAUGCAUUAUCUUCUCCCACUAUCAGUAUAUCAAGUUGAGAGUUUAAGGCAUCAAGCUACUCAUACACUGUCAUUGAGGUUGGGCCGCGCUGAGCCACCAUUAAGGAAAGAAGUUGUGGAGUAUAUGCUGGAUGUGGGCUCUAACGUAUGGAGCUUAAGAAAAGGUAGAGCUAAUCUUGAAAGACUCCUGGCUACUUUUAAUCUGCUUGUUGAGGCUUGGAAAUGGUUUGAUCAGACAUGCAAAUGGAAGAAUCCCAUUUCUACAAUAAUGGUUCACUUUAUGUUUUUGAUCUUGGCUCUUUGCCCUCAUCUGCUUUUACCCCUAGGCUUUCUCAUAUGUAUCGUCUAUGGAGCUUCACAGUACAGGAAAAGGCCAAGACAUCCUGCUCACAUGGAUACUAAAUUGUCACUCCUUGAUUCAGUGCACUCUGAUGAACUAGAUGAAGAGUUUGAUACAUUUCCAUCAUCUAAAAAUGGUGAUGUUCUUAAAAAGAGAUAUGAUCGCUUGAGAAGCAUUGCAGGGAGGAUGAUGACAAUAAUCGGCGACCUGGCAACUCAAGCAGAGAGGUUUAAUUCUAUGCUAAGUUGGCGAGAUCCCAGAGCUACGCCUAUGUUUCUAGCUUUUUGUCUAUUCGCUAGUACAGCUUUCUAUUUCAUUCCUUUUCGCUUAUUUGCACUUGGUGUGGGCUUUUUCGCCAUGAGACAUCCGAAAUUUCGAGUCAACAUUCCUUCACUGCCCCAAAACAUCUUCAGGAGGCUGCCUGCGAGAACAGAUAGCAUGAUAUGAGAAUGAAUCAUUAGGUGCAGCUCUUUAGCCAGUAAAUUUCCUGACUUCCGCUUUUGCAUCUAUCUUCAGGGUCAAUGUUUACUUGUGGUUUCUGUGUUUAAUCAGACAUAUUCUAUUUCCUCAACUUAUAUUAUGUUCAAUU